AUGUGGCUCCUUUGGCUUAAGCACCACUUGUCCGUCAACAUUUGGACCUUGCUGCUCUUGGGGAGCACCUGGCUACCGCUGGCGGAAGGCAGCCCCAAGUCUCCCUUUAGGACUUUCCCAGUUACAGACUGGAGCUUGACGCACUUGGUGGUCCACAACAAAACUGGGGAGGUCUAUGUGGGGGCUGUCAAUCGGAUCUACAAGCUCUCCAAUAACCUCACGCUCCUGCGGACCCACGUGACAGGACCCGUGGAGGACAAUGAGAAGUGUUAUCCUCCGCCCAGCGUUCAGUCCUGCCCUCACGGGCUGGUCACCACCAACAACGUGAACAAACUGCUGCUGGUGGACUACUCGGGGAACCGGCUGAUCGCCUGCGGCAGUGCCUCCCAGGGUAUUUGCCAGUUCCUGCGGCUGGAUGAUCUCUUUAAGUUGGGUGAGCCCCACCACCGCAAGGAGCACUACCUCUCCAGCGUCAACGAGUCGGGCACCAUGUCUGGGGUCAUCAUCGAGGUGCUGAACGGGCAGAACAAGCUCUUCAUUGGGACGCCCAUUGACGGGAAGUCAGAGUACUUCCCCACACUCUCCAGCCGCAAGCUUAUGGCCAAUGAGGAGAACGCGGAGAUGUUUGGCUUUGUCUACCAGGACGAGUUUGUCUCCUCCCAACUCAAGAUUCCCUCGGAUACACUCUCCAAGUUUCCCACCUUUGACAUCUACUACAUCUACAGCUUCAGCAGCGAGCAGUUUGUUUACUACCUGACCCUGCAGCUGGACACCCAGCUCACCUCACCCGACUCCACCGGGGAGCAGUUUUUCACCUCCAAGAUUGUCCGCCUCUGCGUGGACGACCCCAAGUUCUACUCCUACGUGGAGUUCCCCAUUGGCUGUGUGCAGGACGGCAUCGAGUACCGCCUGAUCCAGGACGCCUACCUGACCAAGCCUGGCAAGGCUUUGGCCAAGUACCUGGGCAUCUCGGAGCGGGAGGAUAUCCUCUUCACCAUCUUCUCCCAGGGCCAGAAAAACAGGGUUAAGCCUCCCAAGGAGUCUGUGCUCUGCCUCUUCACGUUGAAGAAGAUCAAGGAUAAGAUCAAGGAGCGUAUCCAGUCGUGCUACAGAGGGGAAGGGAAACUCUCGCUGCCCUGGCUCUUGAAUAAGGAGCUGGGCUGCAUCAACUCGCCCUGUGAAGCAGACGACAAUUUCUGUGGUCAGGAUUUUAACCAGCCAUUGGGCGGGACUGUCACCAUCGAGGGGACCCCGCUCUUUGUGGAUAAGGAGGAUGGGAUGACCUCGGUGGCUGCCUACGACUACAGAGGACAAACUGUCAUCUUUGCGGGCACGCGGAGCGGGAAGAUCAAAAAGAUCCUGGUGGACUUGACGGCCGAGAGGAAGCACCAAGCGCUGCAGUAUGAGAACGUUGUGGCCCAUGAGGGCAGCUCCAUCCUGCGAGACCUGGUGCUGAGCCCCGACCGCCAGCACAUCUACGCCAUGACCGAGAAACAGGAGAGAUGCUCACGCAAGGACCGGUGCGAGCGGGCGGAUGAGCCCCAGCGCUUCGCCUCUGCUCUGCGGCAGUGCGUCCAGCUCACCGUCCAGCCGAAGAACAUCUCGGUCACCAUGUCGGAGGUCCCGCUGGUCCUGCAGGCCUGGAAUGUCCCAGACCUCUCGGCAGGAGUCAACUGCUCCUUCGAAGACUUCACCGAGUCUGAGAGUCGCAUUGAAGAUGGGAAGAUCUACUGCAGCUCUCCCUCUGCCAAGGACGUCAUCCCCAUCACCAGGGGCCGCGGGGACAAGCGAGUGGUGAAGCUCUACCUGAAAUCUAAGGAGACGGGGAAGAAGUUCGCCUCUGUGGAUUUUGUUUUCUACAACUGCAGCGUCCAUCAGUCCUGCCUGUCCUGCGUGAACGGCUCCUUCCCCUGCCACUGGUGCAAGUACCGGCACAUCUGCACCCACAACGCCGCCGACUGCUCCUUCCUGGAGGGACGCGUCAAGCUCUCGGAGGACUGCCCCCAGAUCCUGCCCUCCACCCAGAUCUACAUCCCCGUGGGCGUGGUGAAACCCAUCACCCUGACGGCCAAGAACCUGCCUCAGCCGCAGUCCGGCCAGCGCAACUACGAGUGCAUCUUCCACAUCCCCGGCAGCACCACCCGCGUCACCGCCCUGCGCUUCAACAGCACCAGCAUCCAGUGCCAGAACACCUCGUAUUUCUAUGAAGGCAACGACAUCAGUGACCUGCCGGUCAACUUGUCCGUGGUCUGGAAUGGGAACUUUGUCAUCGACAACCCCCAGAACAUCCAGGCCCACCUGUACAAGUGCUCGGCCCUGCGGGAGAGCUGUGGUCUGUGCCUCAAGGCUGACCCACGCUUCGAGUGCGGCUGGUGCGUGCUGGAGCGGCGCUGCUCGCUGCGGCAGCACUGCCUGGCCUACGAGAGCAGCUGGAUGCACGCCACGAGCCGCUGCACCGACCCCAAGAUCACCAAGCUGUCCCCCGAGACCGGCCCCAGGCAAGGAGGUACCCGUCUGACCAUCACCGGCGAGAACCUGGGCCUGAAGUUUGAAGAUGUUCGCUGGGGUGUUCGAGUCGGCAAAGUGUUGUGCAUCCCCAUCGAGAGCGAGUACAUCAGCGCUGAGCAGAUUGUGUGCGAAAUCGGAGAUGCCAGCCCAAGCAAGGUCCACGAGGCACGGGUAGAAGUGUGCAUCCGUGACUGCUCGCCCAGCUACCGGGCCACGUCCCCCAAGAGCUUCACCUUCGUGACGCCCACUUUCUCCCGUGUGGUCCCAGCCCGGGGUCCUCUCUCCGGUGGCACCUGGAUCGCCAUCGAAGGCAGCCACCUCAACGCUGGCAGCAACGUCUCUGUGACCAUCGGGGGACGGCGCUGCGCUUUUUCAUGGUGAGGGGCUUGGAGGCACCCUGGGUGCAGGACCCCCCCUGGGCACACCCCCGGCGGCUCCCCCAUCCUCAUCAACAUCAACCGGGCAGAGCUGAGCAACCCGGAGGUGAAGUACAACUACACGGAGGACCCCACCAUCCAGAAGAUCGAUCCCGAGUGGAGCAUCAACAGUGGUGGGACGCUGCUGACUGUGACCGGCACCAACCUGGCCACCAUCAAAGAGCCCAGGAUCCGGGCCAAGUACUGCAGCUCUGAAAGGGAGAACAACUGCACUGUCUACAACGACACCACCAUGGUCUGCUACGCGCCCUCCAUCGACAACCCCGAGCGGAGCCCUCCGGAGGUCGGCGAUCGCCCGGAUGAGAUUGGCUUCAUCAUGGAUAAUGUCCAGGCCCUGCUGAUCGUCAACACCACCAACUUCGUGUACUACCCAGACCCGGUCUUCGAGCCGCUCAGCCCCACGGGGAUGCUGGAGCUGAAGCCCAGCUCUCCCCUCAUCCUGAAGGGCAGGAACCUGCUCCCGCCGGCUGCUGGUAACUCCCGCCUGAACUACACGGUGCUGAUCGGAGACACUCCCUGCACCCUGACCGUCUCCGAGACCCAGCUCCUCUGCGAGUCGCCCAACCUCACUGGCCAGCACAAAGUCACGAUCAAGGCUGGAGGGUUCGAGUUCUCCCCAGGGACGCUGCAGAUCUACUCAGACAGCCUGCUCACCCUGCCUGCCAUCAUCGGGAUCGGUGGCGGAGGUGGUCUGCUCCUCCUCAUCAUCAUCAUCGUCCUCAUCGCCUACAAGCGCAAGUCCCGGGAUGCUGACCGGACCCUGAAACGUCUCCAGCUGCAGAUGGACAACCUGGAGUCCCGGGUGGCCUUGGAGUGCAAAGAGGCCUUCGCUGAGCUGCAGACUGACAUUAACGAACUGACCAACGACCUGGAUGGGGCUGGCAUCCCCUUUCUGGAUUACCGCACCUAUGCCAUGCGGGUUCUCUUCCCGGGGAUAGAAGAUCAUCCUGUGCUGAAGGAGAUGGAGGUCCAGGCGAACGUGGAGAAGUCCUUGACCCUCUUUGGGCAGCUCCUGAACAAGAAGCACUUCUUGCUGACCUUCAUUCGCACUCUGGAGGCUCAGCGGAGCUUCUCCAUGCGGGAUCGCGGCAAUGUGGCCUCCCUCAUCAUGACAGCGCUGCAGGGCGAGAUGGAGUACGCCACGGGCGUGCUGAAGCAACUCCUCUCUGACCUCAUUGAGAAGAAUCUGGAGAGUAAGAACCACCCCAAGCUUCUUUUGCGGAGAACGGAGUCCGUGGCAGAGAAGAUGCUGACAAACUGGUUCACAUUUCUGCUGUACAAGUUUCUGAAGGAGGACAGGGGAGAGGGGCUGUUUCAACUAUAUCGCCACCUUCUCACCACUCUCUCUUCCUCUCCUCCUUCCCCAGUCCUGCAGGAGGCUCGGUACUCCCUCAGUGAAGACAAGCUUAUCCGGCAGCAGAUUGACUACAAAAUGCUGACCCUCAACUGCGUGAACCCUGAGAAUGAGAACGCCCCAGAGAUCCCCGUCAAGGUGCUGAACUGCGACACCAUCACGCAGGUGAAAGAGAAGCUUCUGGACGCCGUCUACAAGGGGGUGCCCUAUUCACAGCGACCCAAAGCCGGAGACAUGGACCUGGAGUGGCGGCAGGGCAGGAUGGCCCGGAUCAUACUGCAGGACGAAGAUGUCACCACAAAGAUUGACAAUGACUGGAAGAGGCUAAACACCCUGGCCCACUACCAGGUGACGGACAGCUCCUCGGUAGCCCUGGUGCCCAAGCAGAACUCGGCGUACAACAUCUCCAACUCCUCCACCUUCACCAAGUCCCUCAGCAGAUAUGAGAGCAUGCUGCGGACAGCCAGCAGCCCCGACAGCCUGCGCUCGCGGACCCCCAUGAUCACCCCUGACCUGGAGAGCGGCACCAAGCUCUGGCACCUGGUGAAAAACCACGACCACAUGGACCAGCGGGAGGGUGACCGGGGCAGCAAGAUGGUCUCUGAAAUCUACCUGACCCGCCUGCUAGCCACCAAGGGCACCCUGCAGAAAUUCGUGGAUGACCUGUUUGAGACCAUCUUCAGCACAGCACAUCGUGGGAGCGCGCUGCCCCUCGCCAUCAAGUACAUGUUUGAUUUCCUGGAUGAACAAGCUGAUAAGCAUCAGAUCAAUGAUUACGAUGUCAGGCACACCUGGAAGAGUAACUGUCUACCUCUACGUUUUUGGGUGAAUGUGAUUAAGAACCCCCAGUUUGUGUUCGACAUUCACAAGAACAGUAUUACUGAUGCCUGCCUAUCCGUGGUGGCUCAGACAUUCAUGGACUCCUGCUCAACUUCUGAGCACAAGCUAGGAAAAGACUCUCCCUCCAACAAACUACUGUACGCCAAGGACAUCCCCAACUACAAGAGCUGGGUAGAAAGAUAUUAUGCAGAUAUAGCUAAAAUGCCAGCGAUCAGUGACCAGGACAUGAGUGCGUACCUGGCGGAGCAGUCACGGUUACACCUCAGUCAGUUCAACAGUAUGAGCGCGCUGCAUGAGAUCUACUCCUACAUCACCAAGUACAAGGACGAGAUUCUGGCUGCACUGGAGAAGGACGAGCAGGCCCGGAGGCAGCGGCUGAGGAGUAAGCUGGAGCAGGCGAUUGACACAAUGGCCUUAAGCAGCUGA